AUGGCGGAAGAGGCAUUCCAAACCCUUUUGACGUCCUCCAUUGCAUCUCGUUUCUCUACGCACGCGCUCUCCGGUGGAGCGCGUGGGGCGCGCAUGCGAUCUAUGGAUAACGACCUGGAUGCAUUAGAACAAGCAAUUAGCCAGGCGCGGCGCACGCGAAACAUGCAAUCUUACACCUGCGCGCUUCCGCGCGAACUUCUCGUGCAUGUGUUUGAGCACCUCAGAGAGAUCUGGCCACCGCGACGCGAAAGCAAGAAGGAGGCCGUCUUCAAUUCUGGUUGGAUCACUGUAACUCAUGUCUGCGCUUUUUGGAGGGAGGUCGCAUUUGCUGUGCCCUCUCUAUGGUCCGGAAAACCGAUCGACGUCUUCGCUAUCCCCUAUCAAUAUAUAGCCACGGUUCUGACGCUCGCUCGCUCGGCUACUCUCGAUAUUGAAGUGCGGUGCGAAGGGUCUUCAGCUUGGGCGCGAGCAGAUCCCAGCAUGAAUGCAUGGUUAACCCCUCCCAUUCUUCGAAACGCGAGGCGGUUGUCCAUCUGCGCAGACAAUGCCCUUCUCGGCCACCUAUGGCGAAGUCUUCCUGAGCAUAUGAACUUCUUACAAGAGCUAGAAGUCACGUCCUUUAAAGAGGAAGAGUUUGCGGAGCUACCCCGUCUUCUUUGCAACUUACCGUCGGUUGCACGCCUUACACUCCUGGACUGUCAAGUGCCUUGGCGAUCCGCGCUUAUGUCGCCACAGUUGACCGAACUACAUAUCACUAACAAUCCCGCUGGCCCCCCUGUGCCUUAUGACGACCUUCGUGAUCUGCUAUCUGUCCUGCAAUCCCUCGAGUCGCUCGAGCUCAGAGGCGUAAAUCCUCAGUUCAGCACUCCUCUCGACCAAAUUCCCAAUAUCGACCUAUCACCGCUCCUAAAGCAGAUGAUCACCUACACCGACUACAGCAGCGAGAUAGCCACGAGCAAUCUGAUCCUCAACACCCUGCUGCAGACGCCGCCUCAAUGUAAUCGAACGAUCAGCAUUGACGGUGACCUCCUCGAUUUUGACGGUCUGCUAGUUUCCUAUGAAGAUGAAGGCAAUGUCGCCCCCUUCGCAGGAGUGAUGUCUCGACUGCUACACCUCCUUUCCCUUGUUGACUACGAGGAGAUGGAAUUACGACACCUUGACCUGGAGGAAUGCGCAAUUAGGCUUGUGUCGACUUCCAAACCGGUUCAUGACGGAACCAUGCCUCGUCAGCGAUCUUAUGACUGCAUAACUCGAUUGCACGUCAUGGUCACCUCCGAUGCCGAUUGCGUGAAUCCCCACCUAUAUCUUCACUACGUUCCCGUCGACCGCCUUCAUACCCUGUCCCUCGAUGAGUCUGCCGCGGACACGCUCUCUGCUCAUAACCGCUGGCCAGGGCUGCUCCGCGCAAAAGAACUCCGGACCGUCGUUCUUACUUCAUCCUGGACCUGCCACGACUAUUCCAAUUUAUUCGACGCGCUCCGCGAGGAGCACUUUGGCGGCGACAGUAUUGAUUCCUCUCACAUCUUAUUCCCGCGGAUGGAACGACUGGCGCUCCCUCUAUUCGAUACCGAGACAUGCAGCAGUAGCACGAUCGCCGAUCUCAUCGAUCUUGUCCACGCUCGACAACUCGCAGACGCGCCCUUGAGAGAGCUGCUCGUACCGGAGGGAUGCAGGCAUUGGGCCUCAUGGGCCGCCCUUCAGACGAUGGUGAAGGUUACAUUCAUUAACUAUUUUCCGAUCAGAUUACCAGUUCUACCCACUUAUACUGAUUCAUGA